GAACAUAGGAAGAAAAUAUUGUUUUAACAAAUCACGAGACCAACUGCAAUUUUUCUGAUUUGUGUGUCUAAUAGAUUUUAAUCUUUCAAUCUAUAUUUACCACUUCUCCAUUCUCAGUUUAAUCCACUACACAUAAUGAGUAGACUAUGUGACUACCUGUGCUUAGCUUAAAGACUCAGCGUGGAAUCAGGCCUUUUGGCCCACCAAGCCUGAGCGGACCAAGAAUCACCUGUACACCAGCUCCAUCCUGCACACUAGGGACAAUUGACAGAGACCAAUUAACCUACCAACCCACACGUCUUUGGGAUGUGGGAGGAAAACGCAGCAUCCAGAGAAAACCAACGCGCUCACAAGGAGAACGUACAAACUCCGUACAGGCAGCACUAGUAGUGGGGAUCGAACCUGGAUCUCUGGUGCUGUGAGGCAGCAGCUCUACUGCUGCACCACCCUGCCACCCUGUGCUAAAAUACCGAUCAGUUAACCUCGAAAGAUUUUGUGCAAUACACUCAUAUUAUCUUUGUAAAUGUUAAUUUGAGACUUUUAUAGAACUUUCAGAUAGUUCCAUCCAAGAGGCACCAUGACGAUUUCCUACACACUAAAAGUGGCAGAUGCCCGGUUUGCUGGAUUCUCCAAGCUUCUCCUGCGUUGGAAAGGGAGUAUUUACAAACUGUUGUACAAGGAGCUCAUUGUGUUCGUCAGCUUGUACUCAGUUUUCAGUGUGAUGUACAGGUAUUUCCUGUCACCUGCACAGAAGAUUGUCUUCGAGAAGGUGGCUACCUAUUGUGAUAAGCAGACAAGUCUUAUCCCAAUGUCUUUUGUUUUAGGGUUUUAUGUGACACUUAUAAUCGGCCGUUGGUGGAACCAGUACACAAACAUCCCGCUUCCUGAUCGGCUGAUGUGUGUGGUGUCCAGCAAUGUUCAUGGCGCUGAUGAGAGAGGUCGGAUCCUGCGACGCACACUUAUCCGAUACGCCAACCUGUCCGCAGUGCUUAUCCUCCGCUCCAUUAGCACCAGGGUCCGAAAGAGAUUUCCCUCCAUCGAACAUGUCAUAGAAGCAGGUUUUAUGACCCAUGAAGAGCUGGAGAAAUUUGAAAGCCAUUACUCUGACUUUAAUAAGUAUUGGAUUCCGUGUGUGUGGUUCACAAAUCUGGCAGCUCAGGCAAGGAGAGAAGGACGGAUCCGUGAUGAUGUUGCUCUCAGACUACUGAUGGAUGAAUUAAAUCUUCAUCGUGCAAAAUGCAGUCUGUUGUUUCACUAUGACUGGAUUAGCAUUCCUCUCGUGUAUACUCAGGUGGUCACUCUUGCCGUUUAUUCCUUUUUUGCUUGCUGUCUGAUUGGACGCCAAUUUCUUGAUCCAAGGCCUGGCCACGAAGACGAUAAGAUAGACAUCUAUGUUCCUGUCUUCACCUUACUGCAGUUCUUCUUUUAUGCAGGCUGGCUUAAGGUCGCAGAACAGAUCAUUAAUCCAUUUGGGGAAGAUGAUGAUGAUUUUGAAACAAACAAACUGAUAGACCGCAAUCUUCAGGUUUCCUUUCUUUCAGUGGAUGAUAUGUACCUGAAUCUUCCAGCUUUGGAGAAGGAUAAAUAUUGGAACAAUACUGCACCUCAACCUCCUUACACCACUGCCACAGCUAGCGAGAUACACAAACCAUCAUUUUUGGGAUCUACCUUCGAUAUGCACAUGAUCGACAGCCAGGUACAGCAAGAGUCAGAAAUGGAGCUCAAAGUUCACACUCCCUUAUUUAAUCACUUCCUGAAUGUUGCUGCUUCACCGGCCAUUAGUCUUAGAAACUUUGGCUGGGGCAGUAAACAAAAUUCAUUACACAGCCACAUGGAAGGCAGCUCUUCAAAUUGCCAGCUCAAUGAAGCUGAUCUGGUCAUACGUAUGAAGGAAGAGGAGUAUGAAAGAGGGGAUCAAGACAGACCCACUGAACCUAGUCUUGGUUCCCUACUGAAGAGCUCAGAUGAUCAAAAUUAG